UAGGCAGAUGACGACAGAGAUGAUUUAACUGAGACGGGCCACUUCGAUUAAAAUGAAUGCGAGAAAUUGGAACGCCCAACGUCAGGAUAUCCAGAAACAGCGUCAGGGGUUCGUGAAAUUGUCUAACGGUUAUAUUUUGCCGGAAGGCAAGAUGACGCCCAACACGCUGUUCGUCGGCGGGAUUGACAUGAAGGUGGAUGAGAACGAGAUCAGGGAAUUCUUUGCCAAGUAUGGAGCUGUAAAAGAAGUGAAAAUAAUCACUUAUCGGGGAGGAAUAUGCAAAGGGUAUGGUUUCGUAUAUUUCAGUGAGGAUGUUGAUAUCCAGGCUAUAGUUGAUCAGCCGAUUUGUUUUAAAGGGAAAAAACUCAAACUGGGACCUGCCAUCAUGAAAGAGCGCAAUUCUCGUUCAAUGCCAUCUCCACUGAUUGGUCCAUCACAGUGGGUAAGCCCCUCCCCAUAUGUCUACUGCAACUGCUGCUCCCCAGGCCUGGCCCCACCCUCACCUGUCUUCAAUGGAGGGAAUCAAUAUUUGCAGCCAUAUUCUUAUUCCAGUCAUCCAGGAGUUAUGAUCCCACAGGUGCCCAUAAACUAUGCACAAACCACGUACGCCUACCAGUAUCCCCUGCCACAGUGGUGCGGAGAGCAGAGGACGAGGCUUGUCAAUCAGAACUAUGUGGAUUGUGGAGUCCAAACCUUGCUAACCCUUCUUUAGCCUUUUCCAGUACCACAGACUCAUUUUACUUGGGUAGACUCCCAUAGAAGCAGAGGAGAACAUCAUGAUGGAGACCAAGCUGUGAACUUUAAAGAUUUCUUCUCUGUUUGACCGUGUGUGUGUGAUGGUGUAUUUUGUGAGGAAGACACUGAAAUGAUCUCGUGAUCAAACUUGGCCUCGCUCAUCCACACAUUGCAAGCUUAAUUUGCCUUU